AAUUAACAAUGCGGCAAUCACAACAAAUACAUUUUCACUUACUGAGGAUGGGAUUCAAGAGGAAUUUGGAGUAAAUCAUCUUCUCACCAAAUUAUUAUUGCCAAAAAUUAAAGUCUCACAACCAGCACGUAUCGUAAAUGUUAGUAGUCGCGCUCAUAAACGUGCUGAGGGAAUCGAAUUCGAAAAAUUAAAUGAUCCAAAUGCACAGAGCUCGAUGCAACGUUAUGCAUUCACAAAAGUUGUAAAUAUUUUAUUUAAUGACGAAUUAAAUAAACGACAUCUUGAAGGAGAACAAGUAUAUGCCAACACCCUUCAUCCAGGGGUCAUAGAUACCGAAGGGUUAAGGAGAAAUGAUUUCAAUGUACCAGAAACUGUUUUGUCUUCUGCAAUCUCACCUGAGGAUGGAGCUAUUACUACAUUAUAUUGUGCUACUAGUCCAGAAAUCGAAGAGAAAAAUUAUCGCGAAAGGUAUUUUGAACCAUUCGGUAUAGAAGGUGAAAAAUCUUCAUAUGCUAAAGACGAUGAUUUGGCUAAAAGACUUUGGGAAUUUACAGAGAAUUUGAUAAACGAAAAAUUAUCGCAAAAAUAA